UAACCUAGUUUGCCGAUAAUACUUCCCUGCGGAUCAUCUUCACUGAAUUAUACGCCUCGUAGGAAUCCACUGCGCGGUCACCUCCUUGCUAAGGCGACAUGAAAUGAUUCGUCAAUUCGUCUGACGAGCGCAACAGCUCCGGUACAGCUCGAAGGGUUCAUGGUUUGAACGCUUGAUCAUCAUGCAGACGACUGCGGGCCAUCCGGAUAACGAAGCGGCGAUGCUUCUCCUGGGACUAUACGAUCAGGGCCCGCAGGAAUCAUCGAUGCAUCCCACUACUUCAGAUAAUACCCUCAGUGAACGCCCACCCUUGGACUACGCUGUUGUUGACAAGAUAGCCUGGCCGAGCAGCCCUCCUCAAAGAAGCGAUGACUUGAACGCUAGUCAUCUCGAUAUCGCUCAGCAAAUGCCGAAGGAUGUCACGUCCACUCCAACUCUCAAGCGUAAACGAACUUCGAGCCCCUAUGACGUUGCCACUACAGAAGGGCCGACGCCCGGUCCAUCGUCCAGAACACGACCUGACCUUCCUCACUUUAUGGGAUUCGACAACCAAUUAUACCGUUGCAUUUGCCAAACGACUAUCGAGCCCGAUGCAGGCACAUCGAUCCAAUGCGAAAGCUGUCUGGCUUGGCAGCAUGCAGGCUGCUUCGGCCUCCGCGAGCAAGAUCUGGAAGGCCAUUCAUAUUUUUGCCAGUUUUGCAGCGGGAAGGAUGAGAGUCAUCAACCGGAUUUACGUUAUGUCGAAUAUAUACAGCACCUUGCGAGCAGCAAGGACACCCUAUCCGCGGAGCCUACUGUCUUGUUGGAAGAACCUCUAAGGGAUGGAAAACGCUCGCGCCUGCUGUCUUCGACGACUCGAGGGGGCAAAGGCCGCGUACGCCUUGGUGGUACGAUCCCCAAAUCGGUAGAUGCGGAAGGCGUUGAUCGCAAACCAAUGCCCCACAGCAUUGAAGGGGCGCCUGCUGUAGCUCCGCGAAAUCAACGCAAGAAAUCCAUUAUCAAUCCUCGUAACCCCAAAGGCAAAAUUACGCCGAGUUCCAACUUGGUUACCGAAGACAUCCCACGAGAUGUGGUUGGCAACGAUAUUGGGUCGCCCCAUAUUCUGGGGGACAGCGACUGCCCGCUGAGGCUCCUGGAUUACAUCCCGAUCCCGACCAAUCUAGUCACUUCACGUGAAGUGGAAGAGAUGCUUCAUCAACCUUGGCAGAGCCGUUGGCCUACAGACGCUAUGGAAACACCCCGCUUGGUGUCGAAAACCGUUGGCCAUGAUCGACCAGAACCCGCUUUUGGUAACCCUGUCGACACCGUUGCAUCGCCUCACAAUGAGACCAAGGGAAAAUUCCAGAACGCCAAUGUACUAGUCAAGGUCGUCGCGAAGACCGAGUUAGCGGACCCAGUAGCCGUAACGCCUGUGGGGCUUGCGAUUCCCGCCGGCUGGAAACAACAAUCUUACGAGGCGAAUAGCUUCGGAGUCUACGCUCGCCGGGACCUUGAGACUGGUUCGUUUAUCGGAGAGUUUCGAGGUGAAGUAUACCCGGGAAGCGAAUAUGAGCGAGACACCGCCAACCAAUACGCUAUCCUCGGUAUACCCAAAGCCUUUGUUCGCAGAGUCGGUCCCCCUUUCGGACUGGUUGUUGAUGCCAGACGGUAUGGUACGGACAUGCGCUUCAUUCGAUCCAGUUGCCACCCGAACGCCCGCCUGUCCGCCAUACCUACCAAAGCUCAGAGCCUGGAUGGUAGCAUGGACGUCUCGACGUCUACGUCUUUCGGUGUCUACCUCACGAAAAAUACCCGUAUCGGAGACGAGAUAACGCUUCCUUGGGAAUGGGAUGAUCAUCACGUUAUACACGAACUGCGAGAACCUUCUCACCCUUUACCGUAUUACGCGCAGCGCCUGGCAGCCAUCGGCCGACAAUUAGCAAAGUCGUUCACGGCCUGUGCAUGCUCUGAUAUACAGAGUUGCGCUAUGGCGAAAAUUAUCAGCUAUUCAGUCCAGCUUGACCGUGGCACGUUCGACAUUGGAGAUGAUCGACCUACUUGCCUCGGUCCUUUGAUCGGGUCCCACCGACACUGGCAUGUAGGUCAUCAUCGGAGCCCAAACGUCUCCGCCAGGACCGAGAGUAGCCUAGAAGGCCUCCAACAUGACCGGGUUGUCAGCCCAGUGGCAGAUCCCGUCGCAUCGGCGUCGUAUACGACCUACGAGUUGCAAAUAUGGCUCAACAGGGAAGAUACAUCCUGCGAGGCAGACAACGACGGUUCAUCUUCCACCUCAUCACCUGAGCAAACAUCCCCCGCUUGCUCUCUCGGGUCAUUGAGGUUUGGGUCGCCGAUCUCGUCUGUAUCGUCUGUAUCGUCUGUAUCGUCAGGCUCCACCUCGUCUCAAAACGCAAAUGUCGCCGAGCCAAACGAAGGGGUCGGGACCGCGGUUGGCCAUCUUAACAAUCCCCCCUCGCUAGAUGCGGGAACAUGGCACAGGCUGGAUCAGGGCGUAUACAAGGAUGAAGAGGAUGGCAUGAGCACGGUUUCGGAUGCCUCGACAUUAACUGAACCUCUGGCAGAGGAGCCGGAUUACGAUGAUCAGCUCGAUCCCCUUUAUACUAUCUAUCGGAACACGGAUGCGCCCGCGACGGCUGACCGACGAUCAUCGGAAGGUUCAUCAGCUGAACAACAGCCAGAUGUUGGCGAUGACUGUUCUGCUGAUGCAGGCCCUUGGCUGUCGGAUGAUCCCGAUCAAGCGGACUGGCCAGAUGGACGUUCAACUCAGCCUAACCCGGACCGCCAGGGCCGUUUCAAAGAACCGUACAGUCGAUUCGUUGAACCUAUCGAAUCCUACCGGGUCCCUAGAGGUGAUCAAACGGUCUCGAGACACGAGGGAAGCAUCGAGUCUCGGGACGUUGCGGCAACGAAACAUGCUACAUCAGCCAAGAAGCGCAUCAAUCUCACGGAUUUCAUGCAAUCAUCGCAUUCAGUGAUUAUUGAAGGGCCACUACUUCCUAUAUCGGUCGCUGCGUCGAGAGGACAGGAAGCGUCCGCGGAUGCGACCGGUUCACCAUCAGAUACGUCUUUGAAGCCGAUCGUAUUCAGCUCCGCGAGCUCACACGCUGUUGGCACCGAUAAUACCCCAUGGUGGAAGUCUUCGAUUGGCUCAUCAGACGUGGCCGGAGACUCCGCUGUCCCGUCCGCCAGGGUUGCAAACGCCGGGUCGCAAACUGUUUCGAGUGAAGCUGGAAAUUAGGAGUACGAUUUCAGUAUAUCGAAGCACUUAGGUGCAAACAACUUAGCACGUAUAUGUUCAUAAAGCCAUUAUUGGCAGUUGCUUCUGCCUGAAUGGGCUUCGCAUACCUUUCGUUAUUCAUGAAUUUCGUGAUAUCGGUCCCGUUGCUUCUGGUUCAGCAUGACUGGGUCGUGCUAGCUGUAUACAGAUGGUUCAUGUGGUAAACGCCUUUCACUCAGAUCAUAAUAUUUUCUCGACUGCUGGGUGUAGCGAUAGAUGCACGCUUUCAUGGAUUUGAGUGGA